CGCGGCUACUCGAGUACACAUGAAUGAUAUGAGUUUUGAUCAAUUGGUCUACAAAAAAUCCAUCAUUCAGCAGAAACAGUUUAAACAAGUCCAGUGGAUCAACCUAAUGUAUUUCGUUGAACUGUUGUGCUUGAGGAGCCGCCGUAGUGGGUCUUGGCAUCGCAGUCACACUACCUUAGCAAGCCAGACUCUCUCUCGGCUUUCCAAAACAACACACUCCAAACAUGACUCCAGAAGAAGAAUUUUUUUACAACGUACAAAGUAUCGACGAACCUGUCUCCAGGAGCGUCGAUAUUCCCCAUAUUGACCAGCAAGAAGGGUCCCCAAAUCGGCAUGCCGAUUUCGAAGACAACGUUCCGCCGCCAGAGGCACCUAUACCUGUCCCGGAGGAACGCGUGGCGUUCAUUGUUGGCAGGCGGGAGACUGAUCAGUCUGACCAAGAACUCUCCAAGGGCACUCAAACCGACUUCGAUGCAAACCGUCGUCAUCCGACCCGGGAUUUACCAUUUACAGUCCCUGGGGAAUAUGACUUGAUAGCCCGCAAACUAAGCUACGAUCGGUUCAAAUCUAUGCCUUCGAAAUGGAAAUCACCCGUAACCAACACAUAUUUCCGAGAGAGAAAUGAACUCUUCGAGAGCCGGUGGCUUCACCUUACAGACGAGGAAAAGGCUAUUCCUGCAAACUCUCUCACAGCCAUCCAAGAAUUGUCGAACCAGCUUCGGAGAGCGGAGCAUGCUAUUGCCGCUCGCGACUGGCACGAGGAGAGGAAUGCAGAGUACAUCAAGAUGCUCGAAGAUAGAGACAGGCAGCGCGAGAUUAAAGAGAAAAAAUUGGUCCAAGACAACAUCAAUUAUCGGAGGGAGAUUGCCCGCAUGACGACCCUUAUGGAUAAUCAAGAGACGCUCAACAAACGCAUCAACGAUCUCUCCCAAGUCAACACCGCAUUGAUGCAAUCCUGCACAAUGAGGAGUGAUAUUGAAACUCUCGUACAGAAACUUGAGAACGGCACUGAUCUCAAUAAUGUCAAGGUAAUGGUGGACGAAGCAAUUUCACUGCUUGCCCAAUCCAAUGCGCUCGAUGAAACAAUCAAGAUCGGCCAUGAUUUUGAGAGCGCUGUGACACGCUUGGUCAAUUUCACAGAGGACAUGGAAAGGAUCGAUCCCAAAGUCUACCUGAAAGAGAAAGCCGCAAAAGACAAAGAUCAAAUGAACCAAAUAAUGGAAAAUGAUCUUCGGGGCUUUGUCGACAGUCGAUAUGGCUUAGAAUCAUAUAUCGAUAGAUACUACGAUCGCGGUGUCUCGGGUUUCGGAUACAACAGACGACACGCCCUCGAACAGACGCUCUACCAAGGCUGGGAAGUUUGUGAUAGGCUAUGGAAAGAGUGCCACCAGGAAAUCACGGGCAAAAUGUAUGUCGGCCGCCUGCGGGAUUUCCACCGUGGUGUCAACCUAGGAACACGGAUGGCAUUGAACCAAACAAUCUUGGAAGAAGACAACGCCUACGCAAAGAAAAUGGCAGAUGCAUUCGGUGUCGUUUGUCGUGUCAACUUGAACAAAAACGAGCCGUUCCCGGACCAAAAAACACCGAACAGUAUAUCUCGCACCACGCAUCGCACCCAAUCAGCAGAAUCCUACGACCCGACCGUCCAGAAUAGCUAUUACGGAUGGGUUUGGGAUUCUAUCUGCAAGCCCAGCGAUGCUAUGGAAUAUCCUUCGUUCCCCGUGGACGAUGUGGUGCCUCCGGCAGGCCGUAUCGCAGAUAUUGUGAAUGCAGGAAAGGCCGGUCGCUAUAAAGAGUACCACGGCCCGCCCUAG